AAUACUACCAACGCGGUAAUAUAUCCUUCCGCCGUUAGGAGGUUGUUGUGCCUUAGCCUUAACUUGGGGUAAUGCUCAUCAGCUAGAUUCGGCCGGGACCUCCUGAUCUAGAAUCCCGGCAGACGGCUAGUCAGGUGCUGACAAGUCUACAGUUGUUGACUCAAGUAACAGCUGUCUCGUCUUGCGGUGAGAUUAUGUCUCUUUUGCAUAUGGCGCCGCUCAUUUCCCUGUUGGCGGGGACGAAGGCAUAUUAUUCGUCUGCUAUGCCCAGUGAUAUGUCGUACCGUGCUUCAUCGCUUGUUCUGAUACCCACGUGGUAUCCUAGAAGCUAUCUACAAGGGUACGCCAUCAAGAUUCCCGUAGCAUUAGCCCUCAUUUGGGAUAAAUAUCCAUGCCCAGGAAUCCAUCUCGGGAAAAGAGACGUUAUUCCAUGUUUUAAUGGUUUAUAGUUUGAGUCGGGUCGGAUCGUA